AUGUUUGAAUUAAUUCAUCAUAAAGAGUUAAAUAUUCAACUGAUUUCAAAAUAUCUUCAUUGGGUUAUGUUAUUUUUAAUUUAUUUAACAUUAAAUCAUAUUAUAACAAUUGAAUCAACAGGAUGUCGUCUACCUAAUGGAACACCAUUAUGUUGUACUGGUCGUGAGAAGCAAUGCUUUGUUUACAAGCCUAUUGUACAAUCAUCAAUAUCUAGAUAUUAUCCAUGGAAGAAGUAUCGUGUUACACGUCAUUCAAAUUCACUUGAUCGAUGUUAUUGUGAUGAAAGCUGUGUAGUCACUGGUGACUGUUGUCAUGAUUAUCAUUCAAUAUGCAGAAAAUCCAAAGUGGACUGUAGAGUCAGUGAAUGGGGUCCGUGGACAAGUUGUAGUUAUGCAUGUGGUCCAAGUAUUAGUACACGUUACAGACAAGUGGAAAUUAAACCAGUUAACGGAGGAAAACCAUGUCCUGAUUUAAAUGAAACAAAACCAUGCACAGGAGAGAAUUGUGCAAGAUUUGGACGAUCUGGAACUUUAAUGGUACCUUACGUUUAUGAUAUAAAAGCGGAAGUGGCGCAUUUGUUGCCUGUGCGUGGAGAUGUACUCGAUUUGACCCGACGUUACGAUAUGCGUUUUGACGUACGACGUAAACUUUAUUUGGGUAGAUUAAUUAAAAUGAAUAAAACUGAGCAACCGGAGCCUGAUCCAUAUUGUGCAAUAUACGAAAUUACGCAUACAAAUCAAGCUUGCCAAGCACACAAUUUACUAUGGCAAUUUUCAUCAUCAGGUGAUCAAUAUCCUUCAUAUUAUUAUCCUAAUCGUUAUAGACGGAAUUACAAUUAUAAUGGUCAACCAAUUACCUUCAGUCGUAGUUCCUUUAUGCAUGAAAGACAAUAUAAUACUCUUGGAAAUAUUGGUAUGAAUAAAAAUCGGCAUAAUAAUAAUAAUAAUGGUGAUGUUGCCGAUGAUAUGAAUACUCAAUCAUGGAUUACUCAUGCAGCAUUGCUUAUCCCAGGUCAACAGAUCUGUGUUACAUGUUAUCCAACUUAUAUGCGUGAAGAUCUGGGCUAUCGAUGCACUGGAUCUGGACUACCAAAUAUCGAAACAAGAUGGCGUGCCUUACGCACAUCUGAUUGUCAAGGUGCGUAUGGUUUUACAGCUUCUACAAAGGUAGACAAUAUUAUUGCUGAUACUACCAGUACUGUUAUGAUUGUCAUUAUUAAUGUAAUAAUUAAUAUUUUGGAAGGUGACAAUAAAAAUUUUCAAAAAUUAGUUUUGUUUAUCAAGUUACGUAUCACCUGA